AUGGUUAAGCAGAAGGAGGUUAUUGAUGUUAUUAGAAGCAAUAAUCUUAGUAUCUGCUCUGUGGUGGAAUCGCAUGUUAGGAUUGCUAAUUUGAAUAAUGUUUGUGCCAAGACUUUUGGGCAAUGGGAUUGGGUUUCUAAUAACAGUUGUUGUGAGGUUGGAACUAGGAUCAUAGUUGGAUGGAAUCCUAGAAUUGUGGAUGUGAUGGUGAUUUCUCAUUCUAGACAAGUUAUUCACUGUUAUGUUAGAUUCUGUGAAUCUAAUUAUAGCAUGUAUUUGUCUUUUAUUUACGCUGCUUCCAAUUAUCUGGAUAGAAGAGAUUUAUGGGAGAAUUUGAAGAAACAUAAACUGGUGGUUAAAGAGGAUGCUUGGGGAUUAUUAGGAGAUUUCAAUGUUGCUUUAAAACAUUCGGAAUAUUCUGAAGGAUGUUCUAGAUUUCCUAAAGGUGUUGAGGAUUUUAUUGAAUGUAUUAACUGUUUAGAAAUUGAGGACCUGAAUUCGACUGGUUUUCAAUUUACUUGGAAUAAAACUCCUGCUGGAAGUAUGGGCCUCCUAAAGAAACUGGAUAGAGUGAUGACUAAUUUGAAGUUUGUUUCGGAUUAUCCUUUGGCUCAUGUUAUGUUCAAACCCUAUAGAAUUUCAGAUCACUGUCCUGCUGUUCUUAAUAUACCAUUGAGUAAAAUGAGAUGGCGACCUUCUUUCAGAUUUGCUAAUUUUAUUACCGAGAAGGAAGAAUUUUUACCUAUGGUCAAGGAAGUUUGGGAUGAAAACAUUGAAGGGUUUUAUAUGUUUAAGGUUUGUCAGAAAUUGAAGAUUCUUAAAAAGCAUUGUAGGGAUCUUUGUAACAGCUACAGAGGAUAUGGGAAGCGAAUUCAUGAUCUAAGGAAAAAGCUGGAAAGUAAACAAGUGGAAAUUGAUUGUAAUCCUUAUGAUUAUAAGGUUAGGAAUGAGCAUGCUGAUCUAUUGUUCAAAUUUAAUGAGGCUUGUAAUGAUGAAGAGAAGCUUUUAUUCCAGAGAUCUAAAAUUAAAUGGAUUUAG